AUGGAUGCAUAUCUUGAACCACGAGGAUCCCCAUGUUACGCAUGCGCAAUGGAAUUAGUGAACGAAUGGAAGAAAGUUACACGAUUAGAAGAAUGUUGUUGCUACCUUGGUGUUACGGGACACGGAAAGACGGAUAUGGACGGGACGGUGCUAAAUGAAGAACAAUUAUUCUUUGAUUUCGUAAUUCAGGAAUGGUACAUCAUUCAACAGGAAAAUGCCGCUACGAGUUUCGAGGUACAAGUAUUUGAAAAGGAAAUUAGAAUUAUCAAAUUACUUUUACAAACUUGGAAAUAUUCAUCUCCCUUCACGUCCUCCAUUGAGAGCAUCGGAACCACAAGUUCCUGGUCGGCAGACAACGAGAAGCGUCGUGAGUCAUCCGUACGCCAUCACGCUCCACGCUGCAUUCGAAACUUUCCGGAUCUAGACUCUCAAUAG